AUGUUGCUCAGUCAAAAGCGCGCAGUGCAGCGCUGCAGCACUGCUGCAGCACUGCUGCAGCACUGCUGGCUUGUCCAGGAGUGCAAGUCUCCCGAGCUUCAAGACACCGCUGAGGCGCAGCUCUUUCUGGCACAGGCGCCCUGGCGUGUCCACUCGGACGCCUAUCAAGCCAUGCUGAAGCUGAAGGCUCUGGCAGAAGCUUGGCACGAGACGGGCCCUGGCGUGUCCUUCGAGCUUCGAUUGCAGCUUUUGGAGGUCUUGUCCCAAGUCUCCCUGGCCUCGGGCCAUGGAGCUCUGGGUCUUCAAGAGCUGCAGCGAGCCUUGGGACGCCCAGGUGAGGAAGGUCGGCAACUCUGGUCGCUCCUAGGUCGGCACCACCUGUCGUGGGGGAACCUCCCUGCAGCCAAAGAUGCUUUCGAGAAUGCUCGAAGCUGCGUGGGAGAGGAGUCCACCCUCCUGUUGAACCAGGGGCUGCUUGCAAUGGCAUCCAGCGACUACUCCGCGGCCAGGAACGCGUUUGAGGCGGCGGCUGUGGCCACAGCUGCCCUGGAGGAAGAGGUCCUGGCUGCCGAGAACAACCUGGCGGUGUGCAAAUUUUACACCAAGGACCUCCGUGGCGCCUGUGAGCGCCUGGAGGCUCUGGUGAAGAAGGAACCCGUGCGGUUUCUGAAGCCGUCGAUUCUGCACAACUUGGCCUCAUUCUACGAGUUCUCCCAGGAUGCCAGUGGCAAGCGCCGACAGCUUCACAUGUUGGCGGCCACCACCCAGAUUCUUGAGAGCAAAGAUCUGAGUGGUCCCCAAUUCCUGCCACCUUUGAACCAUCGUAUUCUUCAGCUGAUGGAGCUUCCGUGGCUCCGCUCUGGACUUGACCUCGCCGGCCCGAGCCGCCCGGCACCCUCCGCGUCCAGUGCGGCUCCGCGCCCGGCACCGCCGACGCGCGUCGGGCGCGGGCGGAGUGUGGCCGCUGUGUGGAGCGUGGCGGGGCUGGUCCGGUGGCGCCGGGCAGGACGGCGAACGUGGAGGAAAGCAACACCUAGUGAAGAAGAGGAAGAAAGGUGCUCAGAUGGGGGCAGCUCAGUGGAUGAUGACAGCUUCCUGAGAGAUUUACAGAAAAGAGUUGCGGAGGUCAGUGCCCAGGAGCGUGCCAGACGUGAGCGAAUAGAUGACCACUGGCGCGAUGGAAACGCCAAAGCGCAACCCGCAGCCAUCAUUCAAAACGACUGGGUGCGUCGAGUGGCUUUGGCUGGAGAUGAAGUCUUUGUUGGGACCUCCUCCACAGGUGUCCGGAGGCACAGCUUUGGCUCCGUUGAGCCCAAGCAGGUCUAUGGCGUGCACGGGAACCCGCAGAGGAUGGUGACUGCCGAUCAUCCGGCAAAGGUGGACCCUGAGACCUCCGUAACAUCGCUGACCUGGACCGGCCAACACCUUUGUGCAGGUCUGGCUGGUGGCCGUCUUCAAGUUUGGAAUGAAGAAGGUUGGUUGAUCUUAGACCAUGAGGUAAACAGUCGGCCCUGCUAUGUCUGUGUCUAUGACAGCUCGAUUUUGGUGGCCGCCGCCGGGGACUCCAUCAUGGCUUGGGACUUGAACGACUUGGGCGAUGCAGCGCCACGGUGUCGGAUCACCAUGAGCUGCAGGGUUCAUUGCUUGAAUCUGGCCUUUGAAGGUUCGGUGGCCUUGGGGCUUGCAGAUGGCUCGUUGGAGCUGCGUUCCUUGCCGGACCUGUCGCUCCUCUCGCGCCGGAUUUUGGGGCCGGUGCCGGUCUCCGCCGUCUACGUGGACGAGCGAGGCAUUGUGAGUGGGGAUGACGCAGGACAGGUCGUGUGUUGGGACGCAGAUGCCCAGAUGCCGGGAGAGGAGUGGCAGAUCAAAUGGAGGGGACAGCACCAGGGGCGCAUCGUGGCCCUCAACCGUGGUGGUGGAGAUUCCAUCAUCUCCGCCGGCUUGGAUGGCCACAUUAUGGCUCGCAAGGCCGAGACUGGUGAACACAUGUUCAGUAUUCCCAACCACAAAGUGUGGCUCGGUUCGAUGUGUGUGUCCGAGGAGCUGGACUUGUUGGUGACCGAUGGUCGGGACAACGCCGUGUAUCUCUACGAUUUCGGAAAUCCGUAGAGACAUGGGCUAAAGGCUCAGCAAAGGCAGGCUCUGGCGGCAGAAAAGUGUGGUCGAUCACUGGCGUUCAGAGCUGGGUUCUGAUGAUAA